AUGAAGCAAUAUCUGAGGAGGUUUGGUAUUCAGGCAAGGUUGCCUCCGCUUUUGAAUACCAAGCAGCUACUUGAAGUGUCUAGUUUGACCUCUUUUACAGUGUGUUACCGAGAUUUGAUGGAAUGGAAUAACGUCAAGAUAGCUCAUCGUGGCAAGUUCUUCAAUCCGCACAUGCAAGAUCCUCUUACGAGAUUGCACUCGAUCCACCGGUUUGAAUCUCUAGUUUCCCAUUCUCUAGCAAGAUGGAUGCAUGUCGAUUAUAAGCUAAAUAGUUACCCAUACCACGAUUUAAAUAUCAUGAUCAUAUACAUGGAUAUAAAUCAGGCGUUAAGAAGUGGUGAGAUGCUGGUUGAUUAUCUAGAUCAAGUGGAUCUACAACUAACAGGUCGGGUACACUGUAAUUUGAUGCAACUUUAUGAGUCCAUACAGCCCCAUAGGAGCAAAAUCGCACAGAAGGUCAAGCAUCCUCGGCUUAAAGUAUUGAACAGAGGUAUUCUAUUAUCAAACAGCGAACAGUACUUCACCGAAGGCCCAGUAUACGUUAUUCUGAUGAACGGUGUUUUAAGUUACCUAUCAUGCGAUUUAAUCAAGAUGGACGAGAACCAUGGAUGGCAACAAAUGUAUGUUGAUGUGGACGUACUGCAAAACCAUAAAAGCGUUAGUUUUGGAGACCCUGAUGACUUGUGCAGAGUUGCUGCUGAUAUAUGCAUACCAAAUCACCUUCACUUUCCCAGCGGAUCAGAAAUGUUCAUCCCCAGCAGAAUGAUACAAUUUUUCCAUAACUUAAGCAGAACAAUGUCUGAACAUAAGUUGUUCGCUCUAGAUAUCCCUCAAACACGUCCCUGGUGGCAUAAGCUAUGGUCCAAUGAACAGAAACACGCUUCUAGAUUCAUUCAAAAAUAUCAGUUCCACAAUAUAUUUGAAAAAUCAGAGGUAGAAACCCUAUUUAUUCCUGAUUUCGCGCAGGUAAAAACUCUCUACAAUCAUAUAAAUCAAGGCAUGAAUUUGGCACAAGUAAAUUCCCUAGUUGACUUCACAAAUGAGUGGAUGGAUCUAAAGGAGAGCGCAUCGUUUCUUAACCGUGAUAUAUCCUUAGAGUACCAAUAUCUACAGGACAGUAAACUUGAAAUCUUGCGUUCAACUUAA